AUGAUGAUAUUCUUAUUAAGAACCUGUUCGUCGAUUACGAUAUUUUCGGAAGGAUUAUUUAAUGGCAGCGGGCCUUUAGACACUUGUAAAAGUCAUCCUAUAUUCUAUUGGACUGUACCAUUUUUCCAAGAUGAUGGAUUGGCUAUGUCCUUCUCCUGUCGACGUUGGAACGAGACCGUUUUUAAUAAUUAUAAAUUACUUGAAAAUUUAAUUAAGGGAGGAGAAAAUCCGAGCAUUUUAUUUAAGCAUCAAAUUAAUGCAAUGCCUAUGGCAACAAUACUCUAG